UGGAUUUUUGUCUCGAGCUUGAAGGGUUCUCGCUGCCAUAUGUAUUCCUUUGCCAGCUCCGUCAGCUUUUUAUCAGCGGCCCUCUUAACGGCUUCCAAGCUGGGGAGAUCAUUGUCUGACUUUUCGCCAAUGAUGAAUAGCAUGUACUCGACACAGUCCUCGGACAGCCUCAUACGAAAACCAUCGAACCCUUCGUCUCCAGGACGCAGCUCUGGGGCGUUGGCCAUAUUGUUUAUUUCCUGUCGUCCGAGUUCGUUUGCCGCUUCCGAUGAGGACCUGUCAACCCAAACGCAGCUGCCAGCCGUUCGGUCUUGUUUCUUUCCAGCUUUCCUUCCUGUGUGAGGGGUGGCUGCCUAAGGUACCUUACAGCACCAAACGGCCGUUCAAGUUCAAAUUUUACCUAUCUCUUUUCGAUCUUCCAGUUUACUUCAACACUUCAACGCCUUCUUGUCGACCACGAUAGUUACCUUACUUUUCUCAUGCCCAGCCUGGCAGUUGAACCUGAGAUCCGAUCCACUGUAAAUGUGGGGUUUAGCGUGUGCACGGGCCGCCUGUUAUCAGCUCUGGGCGGGAGUGGAGAAGAACAAGUCACUGGAUCUGGGGGGAAGUUCGCGCAAACGACGCGUCUCGAGGGGCUUUUUGCACUGCGCCGCCCACCUACUCGCACCCACAAACAGCUCCGGGACCAGGCGCCGGCUGUCUGAGACCUUUUACCAGCACUUCCAUUGUUCUCAAAAUGCCGUCGAGGACAAUCAAUAACCUUGGCGCAGAGUCCUCGCGGAAGCGACACCACCGCGGCGAAGAUGACGAGUCAGAGGAGCCUGUACGGCCUCGUUCGCAUUUAAAUGGUGAAUCUCGAAAACGUGCCCGGCUUUCCGAUGUGCGCGAUGAAACGCGUGCAAACAACCCCGAUGACGAAGCCGAGUAUCAAGGAGCUGCCUCGCCCGACACCCCACCAAGAACGCAGUAUGAGUUAAUGCGCGAUAAUGGGUUCGAGCAUUUGCGAACUGAGGCUGCCGAUGACCAGAAGGCGACCCAGCGGCUACGGAUGCGACCAAACCGUCUAGGAGAAAAUGUGGUCGCAGAAAAUGGCAUUCUUGAGCAAGUCAUAUGCAUCAACUUUAUGUGUCACACGAGACUGAACUGCGAGCUUGGGCCCCUUCUCAACUUUGUUGUGGGCGAGAAUGGCAGCGGAAAGAGCGCUGUUUUGACAGCAAUCACCCUCUGCCUUGGUGGAAAGGCAAGCUCGACGAACCGCGGUGGUAGCCUGAAAAGUUUUGUCAAAGAAGGAGAGGAUAAGGCUAUUUUGACUGUCAAGAUCAAGAACCAGGGGCCUGAUGCUUAUCAGCACGAUAUUUACGGCGAUUCCAUCACCGUGGAGCGUUGGUUCAACAAAACUGGCGGGAGCGGCUUCAACCUGAAAACAGCCACCGGCUCUAUUCACUCAAAGAAGAAGGAAGAGGUUGACCAAAUCGUGGAGUACUACGCCCUGCAGGUCGACAACCCACUGAACGUUCUAUCUCAAGACAACGCCCGGCAAUUCCUCAACGCCUCAAGCAAGGCGCAGAAGUACAAGUUCUUCAUCGAGGGCGUCCAGUUACAGCAAUUGGAUAACGACUACAAGCUGACUGCUGAAUAUGUGAGCCAAAUAGACACCAAGAUACCUGAUCAAGAGCAGAAAAUCGAGCUUCUCAAAGUGCAACGGGCAAACGCAGAACGCUUAUUGGAGACUCUGGAAGGCGAGCGGUCAUUACGCGACAAAAUCAACACAAUGCGCUUAAAGUUGGCUUGGUCACGUGUCGAUACCUGUGAAAAGAGACUGGCGCAGAAGGAGGCGAAUCUCGCCGAGAUCUCCACCAAGUUGAUUUCGGCUGAAGAAAAGUUCGGCUUGAAAAGUCGAGCGUUGGAGCAGGCGGAUCAAGAGGUGGAAACCACCAAGGCGAAGCUCGAGAGGGCGAAGGAAGAGGAGCCAGAGCUGCAGGCCAAAGUUGAAGAGGCGAAGGCUCAUAAGGAGGCCAUGGUAGCAGACCUUAUGAAGGUCCAGGCCGAGGAGCGAGAGGCUCACCAAAACUGGAAAGCCAUGACUGACCAGGUCAAGGAUUUCGAGAGAAAGAUCGCGCAGGAAGAGAGGAGUCUGCAGGAGGCACACGGUGGUCUCCAAACCCUGAAGAUGAAGGAGCGCGACGAGGCUCGGGCCAGGGUCCAGGAGCUCGAACAAAAAAUCGAUGACAACAAACAGCUGAUUCCUCGGAUCAAAAGCCAGAUGAGUGAUUCGGCAAGGGCCCUAAACCCCAUUAAGGAACGGGUUACCAAGAAGCAGGAGGAGAUCCACAAUCUCAAAAAGGAGAUUGAGAAAACCCAGGCACAAAUCGGUGUGCCGCUUGCUGCUUACCACAAGAAUAUGCCGAGGCUGUUAAAGGCCAUUGACGGCGACAAGAGGUUCCAGCAGAAACCCAUCGGCCCGCUGGGCACCGUCGUGCAUCUUCAUAAACCGGAAUGGGGAGCGAUUUUGGAGUCUUAUUUUGGCAACAACCUCAACGGUUUUGUCGUCUUCAGCAAAGCCGACAUGAAUGUUCUUGCAGACUUGAUGAGGCGAUGCGACAUCGACAGCAACCGCAAUCCCAUCUUCGUGGGCCAGCGAAAUGCCCUCAAUCUGGCGGGAAAAGAGCCAGAUGCGGACUUCGACACCAUCCUGAGAGUACUCAAGAUUGACAACCAAGCUGUUCGGGAUACACUUGUUAUCAACCACGCGAUCGAACAAGUGCUCUUGAUUCAUAAGCGCACAACGGCUCAGAGCGUGAUGAUGGAUGGAACGGCACCGCCCCGCAAUGUCAAGAGAUGUAUCACAUUCCAUGAUUCCAAGAACGAAGGGCUAAGCAUUGAAAUGAAGCCGAGCGGCAUAUCAACAAGUCCGGUCAGGAUUGGGACUCAGCCCAAGCGCCUGCAGACGGAAUCUGCCUCUCAGAUGGCCUUCUUGAAGGAGUCCCUGUCAAAAUUGGAGUCGGAACUCCAAGCUCUCCGAGUUGAAUACAAACGUGUCCAGGAUGAAAACUCCCACCACAAGACAGCCCUUGCCAAAGCGGAGAAAGAGGGGGCCGUUCUCGCACAGCAGCUGCGAGAGACCGAACUAGAGCUUGCGGAGAUCGAAGUGGCUUUGGACGAGUGGGAUGGGUCUGACGCCCGACUCCAAAGUUUGCGUGAGCAGCUGGCUCAAGCACUGGAGCAGAAAGCCCACCACGGUCAACAGGUGACUGGGCUUAUUGUGGCCAAAGACCAGAAAAACGUACUUGCCGAGGAGGCUUACAAGGCACUCAAAGCUCAGAAGCUGCAGCUCAAGGACUGCGAAGUCAGUGUGAAUAAGGCAGAGGAAAAGGCCAAGUCUGCGGAGACGCACCGGCAUAUUGUGCUUCGAGAAAAGCUCGACAGUGAAGACGCGUAUAAGCAACUGAAGGCAGAACAAAAGGAAGCGGAAGAAAGUAUUGGGAGGGAAAAGGAUAGGAUCGCGGAGAGAGAGGCGGAGGCCAUUCAGGUGUGCCCAGAACGCGUGCAUUUGCUAGACGGCGAGACGGAGAAGUCCGUCAAUACACAGUACUUUGCUCUGCGGGCUCGAUACGACAAAAUGACCAGCAGACGCCAGUUGAACGAGCAGGAAGUUAUUGAGCAAGCCGAAAAGGUUCGGAAGAAGUACGACGAAGCAGUCAAUGGCCUCAACUCGAUGGUGGAGUCAAGCGAACGUCUCAAGCAUUCGUUGAGCCUACGUUUGGACAAGUGGCGCAAGUUUCAGCGGUACAUCUCCGCCCAGUCGCGUGUGAACUUCAUAUAUCUCCUCAGCGAACGCGGGUACCGAGGGAGGCUGCUGCUGGAUCAUAAGCGCAGGCUCCUGGACGUUCAUGUGGAGCCCGACCACACCGAGAAACGUGCCAGUGGACGGAGUACCAAGACGUUAUCCGGCGGAGAGAAAUCCUUUUCUUCGAUUUGUAUGCUGUUGGCCAUCUGGGAAGCCAUGGGUUCGCCGCUGCGGUGCUUGGAUGAGUUUGAUGUGUUCAUGGACAAUGUGAACCGCGCUGUUAGCCAAAAUAUGCUGGUUGCCGCUGCUCGAAGGUCGGUCAACCGGCAAUACAUCUUCAUCACACCCAACGCUAUCGACCCAAAGAUCAUCGCUGAAAAAGAUGUAAAACUUAUUCGACUCGUUGAUCCACGCCAACAGCGACUCACCAGCAUGCAAACAAUAUCAUGAGGUCUUUAUACCUGGUUGGUUUCAUUGUGCAUAUUUCUCGGCUUCAUCAUGUGUCAAAAGUGGGAGGAGUUAUGGGUUAGGGAAUGCUAGUAUCGGAAUUUGGGUGGGCUUUCUGUGGUGGAUCAGGGGGCAGUUUGGCAAUUCUCCAUGUGCAAGGUGCUAUGUCGAAAGACUCCUACAGGUUUGCUUGGUGCAUAUGGCGGAAAGGGAUGAUAAUGAUUGGAAUUCUUGUGCAAAUGGCAUUGUCUUAGGGUCAUCUCCACGUGCAGGUUUUAUGGGUUCAUUGGUUUUGAACACACAGCUAGUUAGUGGUUGUACAUCCAGUUAUAAUACAAACUCGUCUAAUGACCAAGUCUCUUUCUCUUUGACGACACCUUUUCUACUCAUACAUGUCCA